AUGGGGUUCUUCACCGACUUCUACGACUUGUUCUGCCUCGAGCUCGUGACCAAGCUCCUCGGCCGCAUCUACUACUCCGACCCCACCUCCAAAGGACCCCGGCAGCCUCCUGCCCAACGUGUCGGCCGCCGUGACGGGCGUCGCGCUCUGCGGCACGCUCGCCGGACAGCUCUUCUUCGGCUGGCUCGGCGACAAGCUCGGACGCAAGAGCGUCUACGGCUUCACCCUCAUCCUCAUGGUGCUCUGCUCCGUCGCGUCGGGCCUCUCGUUCGGGAGCACGCCCAAGGGCGUCAUCGCGACGCUCUGCUUCUUCCGCUUCUGACUCGGCUUCGGCAUCGGCGGCGACUACCCGCUGAGCGCCACCAUCAUGUCCGAGGCUUCGGCAUCCUCUUCGGCACCAUCGUCGCGCUUGUCGUCUCGGAGGCGUUCCGGAACGCGUUCCCGGCCCCGCCGUACUUCGUGGACGCCCAGGCGUCGCUCGUCCCGGAGGCCGACUACGUCUGGCGCGUCAUCCUCAUGUUCGGCACCGUCCCGGCCGCGCUCACCUACUACUGGCGCAUGAAGAUGCCCGAGACGGCCCGGUACACGGCGCUCAUUGCCCGGAACACGAAGCAGGCCACGGCCGACAUGGCCAAGGUGCUCAAGAAGGAGAUCGAGGAGGAGGAGGAGCAGGCAGAGCGGCAAGUGUUCGGGUUCCUGUACGCGGCGCAGGACCCUGAUAAGCCCGACAAGGGGUACUCGCCGGGCAUCGGCAUCCGCAACGCGCUCUUCGUGCUCGCCGGAACCAACUUUCUUGGCAUGCUCAUGUCUCUGUUCGUGCCGGAGUCCAAGGGCAAGUCGCUUGAGGAGAUCUCCAAGGAGAACGUGGACGAGGAAGCUGAGGCCAAAGUGUAG